AUGCCGUCCAUCCUCAACGAGGAGGACAAGGAAACCGUGAAGCGGUUCGUCCCCAAGCAGUCCAACAAGAUCCAGGCCGUCGCCGUCGCCAAGCUCUACGUCGCCUACCCAGACCCGACGCGAUGGACGUACACGGGCCUGCAGGGGGCGCUUGUCCUGUCCAAUGACUUGGUGGGCAAUACGUACUGGCUCAAGAUGGUGGACAUUUCGGCAAGCACCCGCGGCGUCAUCUGGGACCAGGAGCUCUUUGACAGCUGGAGCUACAACCAGGACCGCACCUUUUUCCACACCUUUGAGCUCGAGGACUGCCUCGCCGGCCUCAGCUUCGUCGACGAGAAAGAGGCCAAGCAGUUCAAGAAGAAGAUGGACGACCGCGAAAAGAACGCGAGCCGCGCCACAAAGUCGACCCCGUUUGGCGGAGCCGGCGCCAACGGCGGACAGCCCAAGGAAAAGCACGGCCUGCUCGGCGGGCUCUUCCACCGCCACUCGUCCGCCCCGACCCCCGAGCCCGCCGUCAGCCCCCGCACGAGCAGCCUCCCGCCGCCCCCGCCCGGCCCGCAGCACUCGUCCUCGACGCUGUCCAACGGCGGCGGCUUCGGGUUGCUGCCCACCGCGUCCGAGUUUGCACUGCUCGACGCCUUUGAUCCUCUCUGGCGCGAGCACUUUGGCAAGGACCUCUCCGACAAGGGUCUGACCGACGACUUUAUCAAGGAGAACCAGGAAUUCAUCGUCGACUUCUUGCGCGAGGAGCAAGAAAAGAUGAAUGGCGAGGGCGAUGCGUCGCCUGCUGCGGCACCACCACCACCGCCGCCCGCGCCGCGCACCAACGGCAGCGCCGCAGGUCGUGCGCCUCCCCCUCCUCCCCCUCCACCCGCCGCCAACGGCGGCCCGGCCAAGAGAAACGGGCCGCCUCCGCCGCCGGCACCACGACGAUCGAUCAAGGCCGACACGUCCACAUCCGAAGCGCAAUUGCCGUCUCCGCCGGCGUCCCCCCCCGAGCCUGAACGACCCCGGUUCCGCGCGCCGCCGCCGCUGGCCGAUGCCGGCAAGUUUGCCAACCUCCCCGAGCCCGUGAAGCGACGACCGGUACCUUCGACACCCGCGGCACCCUCCCACUCGCCUGGCGCGGGACCUCCGCCUCCCCCACGACCUGCAAAGACGCCAUUGGAGAUCGAGGCACCGCAACGAGCGCAUGCCGUCCCCCCUGCCUUUGCCGGGCAGCGUCUGCCAUCGGGACCACCAGCACCUGCGUUGCCCACCCGCGGCGGUCCUCCUCCUCCACCACCCCGGAACGAAUCGCACGCAGCGCCGGCGCCUCCUCCUCUACCACCGAAAGUCGCCCCCGCCGGCGCACCGCCGCCUCUCCCUCCCUCCAGCUCCCGACCGAUUCCACCCCCACCAGCCGCCGUUGUGCCACUGCCACCGCCAGCAGCCGUUGUCCCCCCUCCUCCGCCCCCUCCUCCCCCUUCUUCGGCCGCUCUGCCUCCUCCUCCGCCUCCUCCACCGCCAGGUGCUGCCGCCGCACCGCCCCCUCCUCCCCCAUUGCCUCCGACCGGCGGUGCUCCCCCUCCCCCUCCUCCUCCUCCCAUGCCAUCCCGCGACAGUGGCCCGCCGGCGCCGGCGCUGCCCAAGGCCGAGGGCAGCCGAGCAGCCAUGCUGGGCGAUAUCCAAAAGACGGGCGGUAUUGGGGGGCUGAAAAAGGUGGACCGAUCCGAGAUUCGCGACCGAAGCGCUGUGCAGGUGGGCGGCGGCGACUCGGGUGGUGGUGGUGCCGGCAGCGCGGCGGCCGCUGGUGCGGGUGCUGGUGCAGGCGGCGGCAUGGCCGAUGCUCUGGCGGCGGCGCUGCAGAAGCGCAAAGACAAGGUGGCCAAGAGUGAUGAUGAAGACGACGACGAUGAGUGGUAG